GAAUUGCGAUUGCGGACAUCACCAAGGAUUCGAAAGACUUACGAUGGACAAACUUUAUUUCGGGAAUUCUACCAAAUAAUACGGGAGGGAAUGACAAUUCAACCUCUUCAUCUCCCAAUAUAGCUGCAAUAGUGGGUGGUGUAAUAGGCUCCAUUAUUUUUGUUAGCGCAUUAGUAGCUGUUGGCAUCGUAUUGUAUCGAAGAAAACGCAGUCCAGGAAAAGUUGUAACAAGUGUUAUAGCAAUGUUUGAUUAUGUGGGGAAAGAAGAAAGUGAUUUGAGUUUUAAAGCAGGUGAUGUUAUUGAAGUACUUGAGAGAGGAGAAGGGCCUAAUGAUUGGUGGGUGGGUAGAUUACAUGGUGUAAUAGGCGAAUUUCCUG